AUGAUUUUUAAUGCUGCACUUGAAAGUCACUGUCAACCUAGUUCAAUUCUCAAAGGACUUGCACCUAAAGGUCAUCCUAAAGAGAUGAAAACAAAAUCAGUAGAGAAGAAUCUUAUCAGAAUGUUGCUUAAUCGAUAUGAACAAUUUGGUGUUAUUGGACGUCCAGUGAAUGAUAGUAAAAUUAAAGUGGAUGUUCGAUAUGGAUUGCAACUUUUCCAAAUUUUGGACUUGGAUGAAAAUAAACAAAUUUUACGAACUAACUGUUGGUCAAUGUAUAAAUGGACGGACUCACUUCUUCGUUGGAAUGAAAGCGAUUUUGGAAAUAUUAGAACUGUGCGAAUAUUUCCUUCCCAGAUCUGGACUCCGGAUAUAAAACUAUAUAAUUUUGCUGAUGAACGCUUAAGAGAACAUCGAGAUGCACGUGUUGUAGUUUCAAGUAAUGGUGAAAUGUUAUGGGUACCCCAAGCACUGUUCAAAAGUACUUGUGAAGUUGAGAUCACAUACUUUCCAUUCGAUACACAAAUCUGUAUGCUGGAGUUCGGUUCCUGGACAUAUGAUAAGACACAAAUGGACAUUCUAUGGUGGAUUCCAGAUUCUCCGCCCAUGGUUGAAAUGCCCUACCUUGACUUUUCUGAUUAUGUACCAAUGAUUCCAUGCGUGCUGUUAUCAUCAUUAACGUUGGUUGUAUUUUGGUUACCUCCAGAAUCUCCAGCAAAAAUGAUGCUUGGCAUGAACAUAUUCGUUGCAUUUUUUGUGUUGCUACUGUUGCUCGCUGAAUCGACACCAAGCGCUGUGAAGAACUUCCCAUUAAUUGGAGUUUACUUCUGCUUGAACAUGAUUAUGAUUACACUGUCUACUUUUUUAGCAACUUUGGUGAUUCACCUUUACUUUCGAGGUGAUCGCAACGGAUCAGUACCAUUUUUUUUGAGAAGAAUUGUUAUAGAAGGGAUCGGACGACUUACCAUGGUACGCCAAAGAAUCCCACUACCAGAGAUGAAAAAGCCAAUUAGACCUAUUGCUACAAAACCUCCUAAGAAGAUCCAGAUUUCUAGCAGUCAUCGCUUGCAUGGGGAAGAGUACUUAGGAAAUGCUGCUGGAAACUGGUUUGGUCCAAAUGAUCGUCGAUCUGGUUCAGGAUGUCCUAGUCACUUCGAUUCUUAUCCAAUGACAGCUCCAAUAAAAGGUGUUCCACAGAUACCAGGAAAUUUGGGACAAGCUUUGCCGAAACUGUCAACAAAUGAGGCAGGUGAUACAGUAUACCAUGAAGAAUCGCCAUCAGUUUGGAGUUCCACAACAACACUGGAACGUGAUGUGAGGGAGCUGAAGAAAUACGUUAAGAUGCUAGUUAACCGACAAAAGGAAACAGCUCGUAAAAGCUUAGUGGCUAUGGAGUGGCGUACUUUAGCAAUAGUGCUAGACCGCUUAUUUUUCUUUAUCUAUAUUACCACUAUUGUGAUUGCAGUGGUUGUUUCAGUACCACGAAGUACGGAACCCGAGCUUCCACCUGCGUUUCGAGACGACUAA